GAGAUUUUUCGCAUUCCUUUUAGCGAAUAAAAGAUUGAAUGAAAUCUUUGCCUUUUUGUUUUUCCGAGCGAAAACGGAGAGUAAGAUAAGGAAAAGGAGGAUUCUGCAUUUUGUGUUUGUUUUCGAGAAAUGGAAAGUUUGUAGUGAGAGUGAGUGAGUGAGUGAGUGAGAGAGGGAAGGAAAAGUUUGCUUUGGAUUUUUUUGCUUUUUCUUAGCAUUUUUCUCGGUAGCCAAACGGGAGGCUAGCUGGAGGAAGAUGCAGACGAGGUUUAUGGAGAGACCGAACAGUGUUGCGAGGGAGAAGAGAGGUUUAGAUUCGAGUUCUGGUGACGAAGGACCUGAUAGGAAACGGCCUGCGCUUGCUAGUGUAAUUGUUGAAGCUCUGAAGGUUGAUAGUCUGCAGAAACUCUGCGCAUCAUUGGAGCCUAUUCUUCGUAGAGUUGUGAGUGAGGAAGUAGAGCGAGCUUUAGCAAAAUUAGGCCCCACCAAGCUUCCUGUUAGGUCUUCUCCUAAGUGCCUUGAGGGACCUGAUGGAAGAAAUUUGCAACUGCACUUUCAAUGCACGUUGUCCCUCCCUCUCUUUACUGGAGGGAAAGUCGAAGGCGAGCAGGGUGCUGCAAUCCAUGUUGUAUUGAUUGAUGCAAACACUGGUCAGAUUGUCACAUCUGGUCCAGAGUCUUCAGUGAAACUAGAUAUUGUUGUGCUUGAAGGUGAUUUUAAUAAUGAAAAUAAUAACUGGACUCAAGAAGAAUUUGAGAGUCAUAUAGUCAAAGAGCGUGAAGGAAAGAGACCACUUCUAACUGGAGAUCUGCAAGUGACACUAAAGGAGGGUAUUGGGACACUGGGGGAGCUGACAUUCACUGACAACUCAAGCUGGAUAAGAAGCAGGAAAUUUAGGCUAGGACUGAAGGUUGCCCCAGGUUCUUGUGAAGGAAUUCGAAUCUGUGAAGCAAAGACAGAUGCUUUUACUGUAAAGGAUCACCGAGGAGAAUUAUACAAGAAACACUAUCCACCUGCAUUGGGAGAUGAGGUAUGGAGAUUGGAGAAAAUUGGCAAAGAUGGUUCAUUUCACAGGAGGCUAAAUAAAGCAGGAAUAUAUACUGUCGAAGACUUUCUACGACUUCUUGUUAGAGAUUCACAGCGGCUGAGAAAUAUUCUCGGAAGUGGAAUGUCAAAUAAGAUGUGGGAUGUCCUGUUGGAGCAUGCAAAAACUUGUGUUCUAAGUGGGAAGCUUUAUAUUUACCCUGAUCAUGUGAGGAAUGUUGGUGUAGUCUUCAACGAAAUUUUUGAAUUGAGUGGCCUAAUAGCUAAUGGACAAUAUUAUGCAGCUGAUUCUCUUUCUGAAGAUCAAAAGGUCUGUGUGGAUGCAUUGGUGAAAAAUGCUUAUGACAACUGGAUGCAUGUGGUAGAAUAUGAGGACAAGUCUCUUUUAAACUUUAACCAGAGUGACAGUGCAGGUGCUUCUGGGACCAAUGCCCCAGCGGAUCCACAAGAUCACCAUCAACAUCAUCCAAACUCAAUUAAUCAGGAACACACUCUAUCAAGCCUAUCAGUUCCCGUUCCGCCACAUCAGUCUCUCACGGAAUCAGGUCUAAAUGUUGGAGGUUAUAGUGAUGAUAUGGCUGCCAGGUUACUGAUGCAAUCACAGAAUGCAAAUCUUAAUGCUUCCGUUCAAUUUAAUGGCUCUUCAUUACCUCUACAAAAUCCAUUGCUUAGUGAUUCGCAGCAGGUCCGGCUUCCAGGAAAUGCGAAUGCACUGGGUCUUGGUCCAUCACAAUCAUCCAUGUUAGGUGGUCAUGAUAUUGGUACAUCGAGCACUCCUAAUUAUAAGGGACUUGAGGAUUUCCUCUCAGAGGAUGAAAUUAGAAUGAGAAGUCAUGAUAUGCUUGAAAAUGAAGAUAUGCAGCAUUUGCUUCGUAUCAUUAACAUGGGAAGCCAUGGUCAGGCCCCAAUCAAUGUUACUGAUGAAGGUUACCCUUAUUCUUCUGGAUACAUGCCCAACCCAUCUCCAAACUUUGGCUUUGACAAUGAAACUACCCGUCCACCUGGCAAAGCAGUAGUGGGGUGGCUUAAGCUCAAAGCAGCCCUUAGAUGGGGCAUGUUUGUCAGCAAGAUGGCUGCUGAGCGGCGGGCUCACCUUGUUGAGUUAGAAGAUCCGUAGAUUUAGUGUUGGAGGCAGGCAAGGCUAGCUGGAUAUGGUGUUAAUAGGCUUCCUUCUCCUCCACAGUGGGGAAAUGAUACAAUUCUAGCCCCCUUGAGGCCUGGUGCUCCUUGAAUCCAAAUUCUGUUAUGUGGAUACCUCUCUGGCUGUGCUGUCCAUCUUGUACAGUAUGCUUUGCAUCUUAUAUUCUGCAAGUUCUCAUAACCAGCAGGGUUGGUGCAGUUUUAUCUGAAGAUAUUCGCAGAUAGCAGCUUCGACUAUACUUUCAGGGAAAACUUUUCUCAACCCAGAAGUCUUCGGCAUCUUAUCACCAAUGGUUCAGUUUCUGGAAGUAGCUAGGUCUGAUAUUUAGGUUGUGAUCCCGCGAAAUAAGUGUUCACGUCGACUGAUUUGUAGCACGAACAUAAUUCCACAGCAUCGAUAACAUUGCCCCAGCAGGAAUCACAAUGCUACGUAAUAAAUGUUUGUGUAGGUCUGAUAUGUAGUUGAGAUCCUACGAAAUAAGUGUUUACGUCGUCUGAUUUGUAAGACUAACAUAAUUCCAUAGCAUCGAUAACACUGCCCCUGCUGGAAUCACAAUGCUACGUAAUAAAUGUUUGCGUCGUUA